AUGGGGAACUACGCUCAUGAAGUGAGGCUUGCCUGUAUGAACAGGUUUUCGAUGUCUCCACGUCGACCUCGACCUCCUAGGAGUCGCUCCCGUUCACAGCCUAGCGAGGAAGAAGUUCCCACAACAUCCUCCCCUCCAGCGGCAUCCUUUUUCGGGGUCGAGUUCCCCACGGGCAGUCUCCCUCCUCAUGCCACUACUGGUUGUAGCAGGGAAGUCUUUUCUUCGGCUUCCAUCAGGCAGGCUAUUGGUCCACUCCCUCAGUUUGACAGAGAUCGCUCCGAUGAAUCCUGUCGUUUGAUACGGGAUGGAGGGCUUCAUUGCUUACGCCAGCUGAUUACGGAUGCUUCUUUUACUGCGGAUUCCGUUUCUACUCGGGCUUUAAAGAAGCCUAGUUUUCUGUUUGGAGAUCAUAUUGAGGAUCCUGCUAAGUUAAUUCUUACCGAGGAGCAUUGGCUGAAUCUUGAUGAAGGAGCUCUCCUGUAUAUUCCCUCCAUUCCUCGUCAGUGUUCUUUCAUUCAUUUAGAGGGACAGGCCGUAGAGAGACAGAUGCCCUGGCGUCUUACUGAAGAUGCUAAUCGAGUUCAGUGUGGAUAUACAUCCCAACAUAAGACUCCUGGUUCUAUUGGGUAUCAUUACAUCCGCGGUCUUCGAUCAGGGAUUAUGGGUCUUAAUACUGCACCCCCAGGCGAGGUAUCAGCAGCCGCUCCUACCGUGAAGAACCGUCUGGCUCAUCUUGGGAGGAGAUUACCUCCACCAGACUUUAGAUGCUAUGAUUGGGCUUUCUCACAACCCAAGGCAUGGUGGACACGCAUGACCAGUUACGUCUUAGGGCGCUGGGAGAAGGAUUUGAAGAGCAGUAGAUUAUACUCACCUAUACGAGCCACCAUGUAUGGGCUGCCAGUCAGCUGUCGCCAUUUCUUGGCAUUGUUGGAGACAUACAUGCCCGACAGUAACACAUUCCUGACCAGCGGCGGAGAGUUAGGGUUGGCCUUGCAUGAGAUGUAUCAGGUUUCUGGCCUUCCGAUGGGGGACUGUCCAUACCAGGAGUACUUUCCCUCGAACUAGCAAUUGGAGUGGUUGAAGAAAGAUGCUCCCGAUAUGUACGAUACUCUUUGGGACCUCACCUGCCAUUAUCAUACCUCUCUGAUCACGGUUUCUACUCAAGCAAAGAGGAAAAAGCAGAUCAGCUUGAAGCAGUUUGCUGUCUAUUUGUUCCAGA